UAGAGUUUUAGCCUUAAGAAAUGGACGUAUCAUAAUCAAUUAUUCUCCUCGAAUUCGACUGUAAUUAGUUAAAUUUCUUACGGCUUAAGGCUUGAAACAUCUAUUGUAGAUCCGAAGUAAGGGAGAAAGUGUAGAUAGAGCGUGCUUGCUUCUCGUUCGUGGCGCUUUUACGCGAGCGAUCGGUUGUGGAUCUUGAGGUAGCAGAGUCGUUAUCGUCAUCGUACGAUUGUCGUAGAUAUGCCACACGUAUUACUGGGCGAUUCGAUUGCGGUGGAAUUGGAAGCUCAGGAACCAUGGCCACAACCGAUUACCUUAUAUCAACCUUACGAGGUCGAGCAGAUUCUGCUUCCCGACAAUGCAAACUGUCUGGCAGUACAGGCUUUCCUCAAGAUGUGUCAGCUCGAUUUUCAAAUAGAACCGAGGAAGAAUGCGGAAUUUAUGUCACCGUCGGGCCGCGUGCCAUUCAUAAAGUGUGGCACAAAGUUAAUAUCUGAAUUUGAUGGUAUAGUGGCACAUAUAGGAAGUAAAGGAAUAAGUCUCUCCGAUCAUCUGGAUCCUGACGGCAAAGUGGAUAUGAGGGCAUACCAGUCUCUUGUUAACAACGUAUUUGUUAAUGCUGAGCUAUACAUCUGCUGGGUAGACCCAGCGAUUUUAAAUGUUACAAAGCAGAGGCAUGGAAGUGUAUACCCUUGGCCACUUAAUCAUUAUUUGAAUUGGCAGAAGAGACGAGAAGUUAUAAAAAAACUCAGCGUACUUGGCUGGUACAACAAAAGUUUGGAUGAAGUUUUUGACGACGUAAAGAAGUGUUGCAUAGCAUUAUCUGAGAGGCUAGCAGACGAAGAAUUUUUCUUUGGGAAAGACAAACCGAAUGAGUUGGACGCUUUGGUUUUUGGUCACAUAUUCACAAUAAUCACGACGCCACUACUUGAUGACAAGCUGGCUACGAUCGUACAGGAUCAUCCGAAGCUUGUGAAUCUCUGUAAACGCAUCGAGAUUAGCUUUUUUUCUCCUCAAGCUAUAGACAGUCAGACUAAUGAAACGCUGGAGUUCAAGAAUUAAGCCAAUGAUCCAACUGUACCGAGGAUAUCGAUUAAAAGAAAACAACGACUUUUAUCUAAACUAAAUUCAAACGUAAUAUCCCAAUGUCAGGCAAUAAAAGUAUGUUAAAACGUGUUGAAGCACGGUUUCGGAAGCUAUUAACUAGGUAUCUAGUAAAUCUCGUGUUCAUAAAAUGUACCGCCGAUUAUGUCAUAUCAAUGUUCCUGGUGAUAUUUAUAUACGUUUUUCUAUAUAUUUAUAAUUAUUUUAUUCAAGUAUGUAAUUAAUGAUAUUAUGUAUAUUGUUAAGCGCCCACUGUUACGUUAAAGUAUAUCAUACAUCUACAGUAAUGUAGAUGCAGGGAGGGACAAUUUUCUAGUCAAUACACCAAUCUCCAUUUUUGUCUGUUGUAUACAGAUACGGGAGAGGUAAUUUUCGUUGUAUACAUCUUGUAUAUAUGUAAUGAUGAGCUUGUAAAAUUUGAAUAUAAUCUUUCUCUGAG